ACAUAAACCGCAGUGGUGUCCCAUACCCUUUAUAUUGCGCUUGUCCCUCGGAGAAGUCGAACAUUCCAACUUACUUGGUUCUUACAACGUCUUACAACGCGAGAUCAGAUAACCAUCGUCGUAGUUGUCACGCUCAGCUGACUAGAAUAAUUUUCCGAUACUUCUAAACAUAAGGUCGUAUAAGCCGCCUCCUCAAGAUGGGCCUGGUAUCACGCUACGUCGUCCCCUUCCUCAACGAACACUACAUCGAAGCGAUGCUGUCGCUCCUUGUGGUGAUUUUCAUCAACUUCAUCGUGCCCAAGAAUAACAAGAAGAAAGGAGAAGAGGCUAUGCAGAAUGGCAGCGUACCCGGUCACAAGUCCUCCUCGACCAAGGAAGAGAGAGCCAGCAAGAACGUCAUCAAAAGCGGGGGCGUGGGCGACGUCGCGGACGACGACGAAGACGAAGGGCUCGAUAACCUCGUGGAUCCCCUGUGGCCAGAGGAUCUGAAGCACGUCCCCUUCCGGCCUCCAAGGUACACGCAGGAGGAGAGCCUGCAACGCUCCAGAGAUUACUUCGAACUCUUGAACAAGCGCCGUUCCGUGAGGUUCUUCAGUUCAGAGCCCGUUCCCCGCGAGGUCAUCGACAACAUCGUCAGGACAGGAGGGACAUCGCCUUCAGGAGCCCACACAGAACCCUGGACCUUUGUUGUCGUUGGGGACAUCGACAUGAAGCACGAAGUUAGACGCAUUGUUGAGGCAGAGGAAGAAGUCAACUACACCAAGAGAAUGGGUAGCCAGUGGGUGAAUGACCUGAAGGCACUGAAGACCAACUGGGUGAAGGAAUACCUGACGGAGGCUCCCUGGCUCAUUCUCAUCUUCAAGCAGACCUACGGCAUCUUGCCCGACGGAAGGAAGAGGAACCACUACUACCACGAGAUCUCGACAGCCCUGGCCGGCGGCAUCAUGCUCUCCGCUAUUCACUAUGCCGGAUUGGUGACCCUGACCUCGACGCCUCUGAACUGUGGGCCCCAACUGAGGACCCUGCUGGGACGCCCGUCCAACGAGAAGCUGCUGCUGCUCCUUCCAGUGGGUUACCCUUCCUUAGACGCCACAGUUCCCGACUUGCAAAGGAAGGACUUGGAAGACAUCAUGGUCGUCUUUUAAGGAAGACGUCGAAGAAACCGUAGAAGUCGGAUGAUACUGGAGUAAACUUUUAAGUGAUUAUAAGGGGAAAUUUUGGAAUGAAUCAAUUAUGAAAGGUAUAUUAAGGAGAUUCGUGGAGAAUUAUGAUGGGCAU